ACACAGCCGGCUCCGGUGACCAAAGAUCUUUGCUUUGCAUUGGCCCACAGGACCGCAAUAGAUCCUGGCGUUGAGUUGCGGUGGUGGACUCGUCAAUUGAAAGCGAAGAUAGGCAGCCAGAGAAUAGGUGUAACUAACGCAGUGUCGGUCAGUGAUGGACCCAGACAUCACCCUCCUGCUCCAGUGUCCAGAGCCCGGCGGCUGGAGCCAGGACCGGGUCCAAGCCGAGCUUUCGCCCGACAACAACCGGCGCCCGCUGCCGAAACACGAGCCGACCAUCGCCGCGGCGUGGGACAGCCGCCGGCGGGACAAGCCCUGGCUCUUCAACGGGGCCAAGUUCCGCUUCCACUCGGCCCGUCGACGGGGCGAGCUGCUGGCCCUCCGGCUGGGCCUCACCUGCUACCGGGACUACCUGGGCACCAACUGGUCACCCGAGGCGCCGGCUCUGCAGCGGCGCGGCCUGGAGGAUCUCGGCGAUAGCCAGGCCUACAUGGCUGACCCACUGGGGGUCGGGGCCAUGAUGUUCACCGCUGAUCACAGCUUCGUCUUCCUCAGGAGGAGCCAGGAGGUGGCAGAGGCUGCCGGGCAAGUGGACAUCCCCGGCGGGCACCCAGAACCCAAGGAAGCAGUGCGGGACGUGCCUGAGGAAUCCAUUCGCCUGGAUCACCUGUCACCAGAGCUGGUCGUCCGGGAACUGUUUGCCUCCAUUCUGGGGGAGAUUCGCGAUGAGGUUAAUAUCCCCUUGGAGAGUUUGAGCAGUCCCCUGCUGCUGGGAAUAGUCCGGAAUAACCGGAGCGCUGGGAGGGCCAGUGCCGAGUUUUACGUCAGGUGUGGACUGACCUCGGAGCAGGUGAGGGAGCGUUACCUCCUCGGUGGAGCUGAGGCACACGAGUCUACCAAUAUCAUCUUCAUCAGCCAACAGGACGUCCUGAAGAUGGAGGAGGCCUCCGACAUGUGGCACGAGUUGUGUCCCUCGGCAAAGGGGGCUGUCAAACUGUACUCGCUCGCCCACCCGAACCUCGACUGAACCCCCCUCCCCC